AUAAAGAUCAGAUAGUCGAAAUCAAGGCUAUAGUUGAGAAUGAGCAUUCCAACAGUGCUAGUUCUACCAUUCCCUGCACAAGGGCAUGUGAAUCCGAUGAUGAUCCUGUCAGAAAAGCUGGUGGAGAAUGGAUGUAAAGUGGUUUUUGUGAACACAGAGUUCAACCACAAGAGAAUGGUGAGUUGCAUGGUGGAGCAACAAGAUCAAAACUCACUGAUAAAGUUGGUGUCAAUCCCAGAUGGCUUGGAACCUGAACAUGACAGAAAGGAUUUGUCAAAGAUGUUUGAUGUUGGUCUAAACAGCAUGCCUCAUGCACUUGAGAAGCUCAUCACAGAACAAAAUAUCAUUUCCAAAUCUGACAACAGAAUCAGAUACAUUGUUGCAGAUGUAAACAUGGCAUGGUCAUUGAACGUUGGCUGCAAACUGGGUAUUAAAGGAGCUAUAUUCUGCCCUUCAUCAGCAGCCAUUUUUGCCUUACUUUACAACAUACCCAAACUCAUUCAUGAUGGGAUAAUAAAUUCUGAUGGGUCAUUGUUGACCACCAAAAAGACAAUUCAACUAUCACCAGGCAAGGUAGAGAUGGAUACAGGAAGUCUCUUCUGGUUGAAUUUGGGUGUCACAAUGAAUGUUAAACACAUGUUGAAUUACUUAGAUACUUGUGCAAAAUCUUCAAAUUUG